CAUUAUCGUCCUAAUAUAUUGAAAAGAAUAUGGAUCCCAUGUAUAGCUACGAUAUGUCAGCAAGCAAUGAGGGGACAAAGAAGAACAACAGAGAUUUCCAAAAUAUCAACAGGAGCAACAUAGUCAAUACUGUAGGUGCAGACACAAGAAUUCCAGUAUUUGGUGAUGCACAGAUUAACAGUCAGGACAGGCAGUCUCGCAAAAUAAAGCAGGACAAAGCGAUAGAGCUUCAAAAAGGCGGGGAACUUCCUAGGAGAGGAACUUUUGAUCCACCCACUUUCCAAGAACUUGUGACUAAGUCUAAUGAACUCUUUGAGAGCCGGCACCAUAUUUUAUCAAAGCUGAGCUCUAAUGGAAUUUAUGAUGAAAUGGACGAGAAAGAUGAGGAUCUAAUCGAGCUCAUGAAGGAUACUCUCAACCAGCCAGACAUUAUCUACAAGGAGACAGCAAAAUCAGUGGUCCAGUCAUGAAAGGAUUCCUACAGAAUACAGAACCUUAUUAAGGAAAAAAUAUUUGAGACAUCCCAAUAUUCUUCCUUUAAGAACAAGGUCGAUGAUUUUUACAAGAGGUCUGAAGUCUUCAUGCAUGCUGUCUCUAGUGAUGAUGAAGCUCCCUCAAACCUCGACCCAGCCGUCAGAUUUGAUCCAAAAGAGAUACGGAAGAGAAUCAAAAACCUACCAAAUAGGAAUUCUCAGGCUAAAAGUAGAAAGGAAAUGAAGAAAAGAGCUAAGAAGAUUAUCAAAAAGCUUAAAACAGAAGCUUUCGAUUGUGAAGACUACAACAGAUCUUCCAAAAAUCUAGUCGAGUUACAAAGACUCGUACUUAGAAACAAGGUAAAAAGGGCUGCACCAACAAAGAGAAAGACCAACAUUGAGUUUAAUCAGAAAACUAUCUUGGAACUCAAGAAAGAGCUUGAGAACCUCGUCACCUCUUCAAAAGAUAUGAAAAGCUUGCAGUAUUAUGAAGACCAGAUAUCCUUCUACAGACUGGAGAAAAGAUUCAAAGAAAGAGAAAAGGAGCCAGACCGGAAUGAACCGAGUGUUAUAAACUCCAGCUAUAAAUUAGUGAAGAAGAAUGCAGCUCGGAUCCAGAACAUCAUCAUGGACAGUUGAGGUAUCCAUCCAGAGAAGAUUGGAUAUGAAAGACCUAGGAAAGAGGCAUACAAGAAAGGAAACACUAUUAUAAAAGUAAUCGGAGUCACUAAGGAGGACAUCCUUUCACUUCCACAGUACAGAAUUCAGCCUGACAAAAUGCCAACAUUCAGCGGUAUGUUUGAAAGAAGUGAAGUCCCGGCUGCUGCUAGCACCUCUCUUGGCAACAACAACAUGAUGGUGAGUAAUGUCAGCACUUUCAGCCAUACAAAAACUGAGGGAUUGCCAGUGAUUUCAUUAUCAUUCAAUCCUUACGAAUGUGACACAGAACUCAAGAAGCAGACCUACAAGAAAGUAAUGGCCGAUCUGUCUGCUAAAAAGGAGAAAUUCAAGAAGCUCGAGCCAGAAAUGCGAGAGAAAAUGGAAACAAUGGCCAUCCAGAAAGAAUGGGCCAUCAUCUCCAAGAAGGAGGUUCCAAAAAUGGCCAAAGCAUUUCAAAAGAACUCUUCUGAAAUCGAACAAAAUAAUAAGAAGAUUCUUGCAAACAUCCAGAAGGAUGUAAAGAAGAGGACUAACAAGAUCCUGAAGCCAGCUAGAGAAUGCCUCCAGAGAGCCAGAAGGCUCCAAAGAGAAAUGCUGACUUACUGGAGGAAGAAAGAUAAAGAAAUCCAAGAGAGAAAGAAAAAGAGGGAUAAAGCUGAAAAAGAGAUCAAGAAGAAACAAGAUGAGGAAAGAGAAAGCUUAAAUCAAAAGAAACGGCUAGAACUUAUUAUGAGAAAAUCAGAGAUUUACACCCAUUUUAUGGCAACCAAGCUGGGACUUGCUGAACAAGAUAAGAGAGAAGCCAAGGGAGAGGUCGAAAUCGAUGAAGCAGAAGCUGAAGCAGCUGUUAUUGAUAUCAUUAAGAAGAAAGAGAAUGAAAAGAAGAAGUUCAAUCUUCCUGUGGAGAAAGAUAGAUCUGAUGAAAUCAGACUAGAUACAGUCGAUACUUCAAUGUCAACAGUUUUUAGUCAGCCAAAUAGUUUCAAAGGAACACUCAAGGAGUAUCAAAUUAAAGGACUCAGAUGGCUUGAUUCUCUGUAUCAACAAGGAAUUAACGGAAUCUUAGCUGACGAGAUGGGUCUUGGUAAAACAAUUCAAGCUAUUUCAUUACUCUCACAUCUUUCAGAAAACAGAAACGAUUGGGGUCCUUUCUGUAUAGUUGCUCCAAGUACGACUCUUCAUAACUGGAAGAACGAAAUUGAGAGAUUUUGUCCAAAUCUCAGAGUUCUGCCUUAUUGGGGAAACUCUGCAGAAAGGAAAAUGCUAAGAAAAUUUUUCAACCCAAAACACUUAAACAUGCCUUACUCACCUUUUCAUGUGGUUAUCACAUCUUAUCAGCUAAUAGCAAUGGAUGAGAAGUACUUUAAGAGACCAAAAUGGAGGUAUAUGAUCCUUGACGAAGCCCAAGCCAUUAAAAACUAUCAGUCACAAAGAUGGGGAGUUUUACUAAGUUUUGAUAGUAGAAAUAGACUACUACUCACAGGAACUCCAAUUCAGAACUCGAUGGCAGAGCUCUGGGCACUUCUUCAUUUCAUCAUGCCUGAUUUAUUCGACUCCCAUGACCAAUUCCAAGAAUGGUUCUCUAAAGAUAUCGAAUCACAAGCUCUCAAAGAUGAAGGUGAGAUCAACAAGAGACAUCUGGAGAGACUCCACAAGGUCUUGAAACCAUUCAUGCUUAGAAGAGUCAAGAAAGAUGUUGAAAAUGAGCUUGGACCAAAGACAGAAUACAAUGAAAUUUGAGAAAUGACAUACAGACAAAGAACUUUCUACAAAGAGCUAAAAAAUAUGGUCAAAGGCAAGAAUAUCAUUCAGACGUUAAACGCAAAGAACAAGCUUGAAAAUUUGAUGAACUUAGUAAUGCAACUGAGGAAGGUCUGUAAUCAUCCUGAGCUUCUUAAGCCAAAGGAGACAAAUUCCCCUCUACUCAUGAUUCCUGCUUCUGAUUAUGACCGCAAAUGCUUAUCGACCAAAAUCUCAGGGAUGAGUACGACCAUUCCUAAUAAGUAUAAAGAAGUGUUUGUGAGAAACUACAAUCCAAUAAGUUAUCAUCUUCCAAAGACAGUCUAUGAUGAAUGUUAUGGUCUUUGGACCCAUCAAUGAAAACUAGCAACUAAAGAAAUAUGGUAUGGGCUUAGCAAUACCACUAAACAAAGAUUCUUCAACAUCUAUGCAGCCAACAGAGUGUAUGAAAAUACCUAUAAUCCCAGUUGCGAACAGAAGUUUAAUGAUGUACAGAUGAGAUCAUUUACGAAAAAUUGCUUCUCUGCACACCUUCUAUACGGCUUGACAUUUGGAAAUAUUGAGUAUCUAUCCCAUGCUGACCCAUUCCUACAAGUUGUAUGUUUACUCCACUUCCUAUCAAAGGGUUAUAGGAAAAAUUACUUCAAUCAUGUCUUCAACAACUCUGAAGAGAUUGUUGAGUUGAAAUAUGGGUCUAUGAUGGAUGAAGGAAUAAGCCUUAGCAUAGUUAAUCCUAGCCAAACCAUCCUCUACUCCUUCACUGAGUAUAAGUUAUUUGAACAAAAUUCUAAGAAAAUUGAGGAAGAGAAAAUCAUCACAGAAGAUGCAGUAAUGGAAAAUACUGAGGAGUCGAAACAAAUAUCUAUGAAGCAGAAGCUAAAUUUGGAGGAGCUUCCUCCUCUAGUCUAUGAAGAUAUAUCUACAAUGAAGAGAGGCCUCGUAGAUAACAACGCCAAACUUGAGAUUUACCAAAGUGAAGUUAUCAGUUGUCCAGUUGAUCUCUAUUGCCUCAGUUCAUCAUUUAUGGCUAAAUUUACCAGAGAGAGUCAUAAUUUUCAUGCAAAGAGGAUCAUUUUUGGCGGGGAGAGAAUCUCUCCCUCAAAAUCUACAACUCCAGGAAGACUGUUGAGGGAUAAAUCCACCCUCCUUCCAUGUGAUGGGAAGUUAGACCACCUCAAUAAUUUCCCAUGAGCUAUAGAAGGAGGAACCACUGAUCUGAUGCUGUUUAACUCAAAAGGAUAUUCAGGAAUCGAAAUCCCAGACUUCAAAAGACUUAUCAAUGAUUGAGGAAAAAUGAAAAUCUUAGAUAAACUUCUCAAGAAAUUAUACAACGAAAAGCACAGAUGCUUGAUCUUCUGUCAAAUGACUAAAAUGAUGGACAUCAUUGAGGAAUAUCUCUCCUGGAUGCAAUACCAGUAUUUCAGAAUGGACGGUUCCACCCAAAUUAAUGACAGAAGAGAUAUGGUUGAAGAAUACCAGAAGAAUGAAAAUAUUUUCUGCUUCCUUCUAUCAACAAGAGCAGGCGGACUUGGUGUAACCCUCACAGGAGCAGAUACUGUUAUCUUCUAUGAUAACGACUGGAACCCAACCAUGGAUGCCCAAGCUACUGACAGAGCUCAUAGAAUCGGCCAGACAAAGCCUGUCUCGGUCUAUAGACUAAUCACUAGGCAUACUGUGGAAGAAAACAUCUUAAAGAGAGCAAAGCAAAAAGAGAAUGUGCAAAGCACAGUUUAUGCAGGAGGAGCUCUCAGAGCUGAUGUUCUCAAACCAUCUGAAAUUGUUGGAUUACUCGUAGACGAAGAAAACGAAGAUGAUAAAAAGCCAAGAAGUUUUAUUAAACCCAAAAGAAAGCCAAAGAAAGAAAAAGAAGAGGUUAAAAAGAAGAUUGGAGAUUUGGAUUCAAUAGAGCCUGCUCAAGGAGCUCAUAAAAUUCAUUAUCAUCACUUAGAAAAGGGUGAUAGGAAUUUAAAGACUACUGAUGAAGAUGAAGAAAAAGCAAAAGAAGCUCUCAAAUAUCUAAAACAGCAUAAGAAUGAGGAUGAUAACGAAGAGGAUGAUGUUAACAUAGAUAACGAGCUGAAAGAUAUCCUCGAUAAUGAAGAUGAUGCAGAGAUCAACCUUGAAGAUGACGAGGUUGAUAAAAUCCAGAUUGAUGAAUCAUAAUUUAUCCCUAACUAAUCAAUUUAUUUUUGACCA